AAUCUUCAAUUUUUUCUUAUUUUUCUUAGGAAAAUUAUUUAGACAAAUUAAAUUCAUCAUCUAGCAAGCAUUCUUGGAAUUAGUUGCCUUUCGACAAAUUUAUAAAUUCUGUUCCUGAUACAAUUUGUUACUUACUCAAAAAUAUAAAUAUUUAUAUAAACAAUAAAAAAAAAUGGAAUUACUGAACGCUGUCAAAAACAACGAUAACGAUACUUUUAAGAAGCUGAUCAAAGUUGCCUCCUCGGCCGCAACAGGUGGUGGUGGAAAUACGGCGGGGCUUCCUUUUGACGCCCUUAACGCCAUGGACUCUGAUAAUAAUACUCCUCUCUUGUUGGCAUCCCAGCUUGGCAACGUUAAGAUGGUAAAAGCACUGCUAUCAAAGGGAGCUGAUGCGAAUUUAGCCAACAACUUGGGGAAAACUGCCAUAUCAUAUGCCGCGCAAAAGGGUUCCACUGAUAUAGUCAAAACACUUCUCAAAAGCGGAGCCGACCCCAACCUCAAAGAUGCUCAUGGCAACACCCCUCUGUUAGAAGCUAUAAAAGCGGGGGUUUCUUCUACCCUAACAGGAGGUCAGAGUGGAGGGGGUGUUGGUAAGAGUAUGAUGGAUGGAGUUGUGAAAACGCUUCUCAAAGGUGGAGCAGACGUUAAUUCAACCGAUGCCCAAGGCAACUCUCCACUCACUAUAGCAGCAAAGGGCGGAGCUCUUGAUACUGUCAAAAUGCUUUGCGUUAAAGGUGCCGACUUAUUCAAAGCCGACAGCAUGGGCAAGACCCCUUUACAAUACGCUCAAGAAGGCAACUACGGAGAGGUGGUGAAGAUCAUAGGCGGACUUUCGGAAGGAACUCUUAACAUUAAAAGUUUGAUGUCCGGUGCGGGGGGAAACAUGCUAAGCAACCUAACAGGAGGGGGCGGAGAAAGCCUGUUAAAGAAAUGCACUAUUAUAUGAAGAUAUUAUUUUUUGGAAAUAAAUUCUUUGGUAUCGUAUACGUAAUAUAAUAUACAUUUUGUUAAAAAUAUUGUAAAAGAUCAACGGGUUUCAAAUUAUUUGUUUGUAAAGCAUCGAUUGAGGAUAUUAGUAAACACGGUACUAAUCAAGACGUUUCUUGUUUAUAUAAUACAAAGAUAACUCAACUUCUGCUUAAAUUUUGAAAUAAAAUUAAUUAUACCCGAUGUUCUUAAAAUAACAAUUAUAAAAUCAAACCAAAAAGUAUUUAUAUUCUUGUAUUUUAAAUUAAAACAAAUAACUUAUUUUAAUUUUAUAAAAUUUAAUAAUAUCCCACAUUUGACAUCAAACAAAACCUAAAUUUAGAGACUAAUUGCGAUAUAUUAAUGGCGAAAAUAAUUAGGAUUAAUAUCCAGGAAUAUGAACAUUUUAUUAAUAAUUUAAAUCUUCUAAUUAUAUAUUUAAAAAAGUCUAAUAAACUUUAUUUAAUAUAAUAACACAAAA